AUGGCGCAAAAGCGUAUUGUUAUAGUUGGGGCGGGAGUUGCCGGAUUGACAACGGCGUUGCUGUUGUCAAGGAAUCAUCGAUACAAGAUCGUCGUGGCAGCGAAGCAUAUGCCUGGAGACUAUGAUAUCGAUGUCUCUGUCCGAGGUUCAAAGGCAACGAAGUACGAGAAGGACACAUGGACUCCCUUAGAGGAUCUUGCGUGGAAUCACCCAGAAGCUGGAGUCCACUUCCAAGAAGAAUGCCAGAUCUACAGUCGCACGAAGGAUGCCGGUUCCGCAACUGCGGACUGGCUUAACGAAUUGCUUUCAUCCAAUGCGUGGUUCAAGGAUGUGGUCCCGAAUUUAAGUUUGCUCGCUUGCUUGCCCAGUGACUUCCACCAUGGCCUGGCACUUAUGAACUGCAAACUACAAUUCCAUCAGCUUCCCAAAGCCGCUCUUGGCCCCGGCAUUAAUGCUGCGACAUCAUUCACAUCGGUCUGCAUCAACACGGCCAUUUAUCUCCCGUGGCUGGUCUCGAGGUGCCUGGAAAACGGAGUGACUUUCAAACGAGCGGUGUUUCAGCACAUUACCGAUGCCGCCUCACCAAGUUUUCACCAGGACCAGAAAACUGACCUUGUAGUCAACUGUACCGGUCUCAAUGCAUCCAAGCUCGGUGGUGUUCAGGACAAAUCUGUAGUGCCUGCUCGAGCCCAGAUUGUGAUUGUCCGCAACGACGCCGGCAAAAUGAUCGCUACGUCUGGAACGGACGAUGGCGAUGAUGACCAGAGCUGCAGGAGGGGGCACCAUCCUGGGAUCAUGAAGAGAGCGGUUGAAAUGUGCCCUUCCUUGACCGGAGGAAAAGGCAUCGAGCAUCUCGACAUAAUCAGGCAUGGUGUUGGACUGCGGCCGAUACGGGAAGGUGGCACUAGGAUCGAAAAGGAGCGAAUCCAGGGCAUUUGGGUAGUGCACAAGCAUGGUGCUGGAGGAGCAGGCGAGUAG